AUGUCUGCAACGGCUCACUGCCUCGACGGUGACGACGACGAGUUCGACUCUCUCUUCGAUGAUCAGCACUUUCUCGAUCCAGAGUUGGAGGAGAGCCUCGCACACGCAGAGGCAACAUAUACCGCUUCGCAAGCAGUCCAACAAUGCUGCACGCCCUACGCCGCAGCGGCAGCUCCAGCUUCGAACUCCUCUUUUAGACUCGAUGCUGGCGAACCAUGGUCUCGUUCCGCGAUUCGCAAAGGCACAUUCGUUGAACCUGCUGCGAAGAAGCAGCGUUUGCAUCCUCGACCUUCCAGCUUCGGCCGUGUCACCGCCGCUCCACCAAGGCAGCGUGAGCUGGAGGUAGACCAAGUGAUUGUGCGAGAUCUUCGCGAGCACGAGUCUGGCGACAACGACGACGAACAAUGGUGGGCAGGCAACAAUGCACUCGAUCAAGUCGAGGAAGAAGCGAUUCGCAUGUCUCAACAACUACCUCCAUCUCAGCUGCAGCAUCAACGGCAGAACUCAGUAGGCACAUCACACAAACCGCCAGAUACCAAGCCACCACCACUACCGGCAGCAACAACCCAUAAUGCAGCGGACAACGGCGAGCUCGCCAAGCUCCAAGCCCAAGUAGAGAGACUCCGCAGCGCACAAAAAGCUCAACAAGAGAUUGUCGACAAGCUCAAACAAGAAGCCUAUCGCAAAUCCGGUGAAGUCGCUGUCGUCCGUCAAAACUUGAACAAGCUCAACCAAGAGAACAUCGAACUACGCGAGCGAAAAGCUGCAAGCGAUCGAAAUCACAAGAUUGCAAUCGAGAACCUGCGGAAAGAACAGGAGCAACGAUUGCAACGGCUCGAGACCGAAACUGCGUUUAGAAGGGUAGAACAAGAUACCAGCCGUCGGAUAUGGCCCUCUAGCGUAGCCAGGUUGCCGCCUAUUGGCUUGGGUAGUGUGGUGGUGGAUAGGAGGCAGGAGAGUCAAGUCAGGGCUGGCUUGACUACUCCGACCAAGCAGAAUAGGUUUGGGGUGAGGGGGAGUGGGGAAAGUUCGGGGAGUAGACAGAGAUAUGAUGGAAAUGUGGCAGAUAGGGAGGAGCCGGGGACGCCGUCUAGAUCGGCCGUGAAGGGUGCCAGCAAGUUUCCCAAACCUCCUACCAUGGGGACGAGGUCGGGGGGGAAGAGUAAGGCUUUUAAAGGGUUGCAAAACUCUUUUGCUGAUUUUGCACCUGUGCAGGACAAGCUUAGGCAGCAUCAGCAGCAGCAGAGGAUGUCGCCAACAAAGACGAUGGCAGUGGAUGGCAGUGCAAACAAGGGUAGGACGUUGGCGCCGGCAGAUUGGGAUGCGGAUCAGUCGAUGGAAGCGGGUAUGGGCGAUGAGGAUCAAGUUGUUAUGGCUGAUGACCACAGUCCCACGCACAAGUCUCCUGCAGGGCAGCAAGAUCAACUCUCACCUCGUCCCGAACUCGAACGCCUGAAUCAAAUGGAGCAUAAUUACCUUGCAGCAGUAUCCGAAAUGCUCGAUCGUCGUACCACAAUCGUCUCACUCCUCCUCAGCCAUGCUUCCCCUCCAGCUGCCGCUCCAACCUCCUACCCCACCAACCGCUUCAACCCUACCGGCUCACAUCCCCUUUCCCCCUCAGAUGACUCCUUGUCAAGCAAUGGCACACUCAGCCGUCUCAUCUCGGCCAAUCUGCCUUCCGAUUGCCCUAAACCCCUCGUUUCCCGCUAUCGCCACGCAGUCGAAUCUCUCCUCACCAGCCUUGGUCGCGCUAAAGUCAUGGAACGGGAAGAACGCAAUGAUGCUCUCCAUUUUCUCUCUGUCCAAGGUAAUGCCGAAGAAGUAGACUUUUCUUCUGCCACCAUGCAUCUCUCGCACGCGAUAGCUUCGAGUCUGAUGGCGAUGGGAGGGUUAUUGUUGAGGUUGUGUCAGACGGAUUUGUUAGUGGAUGUGUUGAGGUUGGUUGGCUGUUUGGUGGCCUUGGUGCCGAGGUUUUGGAUGGAUUUGCAGUCUUUACAGGUUGAUGCGGGGCAGACAGGCGAUGAGCAAGCGAGGUGCGGGGGAUGGACAACGCCGAUUGAGAUAAGGGAGAUUUUGGUUCAGUGUAUACAUGAUUGUCGGCCAUCACACGGAGAUGAUGAUGCGAUGUGCGAGUGGAAGCUAAGCUCGGAUGCACGAGAAGACUUACUCUUAGCAGCAGUGUCUGUGCUUGAAGCUAUGUCGCGGUAUCCAGAUGCUAGUCUUGCUUGCGCUCAUCAUCCUUUGCGGUUGCUUGCAAGGCCAGGAGUGUUGCAUAAGCUGUUACAUCCUGAUCGGAGCAGUCAUGUGAUUGGGUGUAUUGUUCGCAUGCUCAGUUCGAUGGUGUCCAACGCACCACUUGUUCACGAAUGUCUUGCGUCUAAAGCUGAUACUACGGCAACAAGUAGGAGCGCGAGUCACGGGUUGCGAGCCAAGACACGAUUCCCUGUUCUCGAGCUUUUGGUCAAACAUUUGGUGGACAGAAGAUUCGAUCGACCCCAAACAGAAUGGCAUCCUUUACAUUGUGCCAUCUUGACCUUUCUCAGCCAAGCAGCGCUCAAGUGCGCAGACACACUGGUGGUGUUAGCUGACAGUGCAGCACUUUUGGCUGCGCUAAUUAGGUGUUUGUCGUUGGAUUCGGAUUUUCUUUGGUUGAAGAGUCGACCGUCGUUUCUCCUUCCCCAUUGUCAUUCUACAUACAAGUCAGGCUCGGAUAAAAAAGUAGAUCAGACAGGAGCGGAUAUUGUGCAGGUAACAGAAAGGAUAGUCAUGGAUACGAGACUUCUCAACUUGCUCUACAACUACCCGCUGCCUUUGCCCGCUGAUACAAGGUUCGAGCAAGGUGCAGGCGAGCAGAGGAUGAGCCCGAUCUCGUUAGCAACUAAGCUCGAUCAACCGGAGACGUAUAGUAUGUUGAAUGGGAUUAGGCAAAGUUUUGUUGUAGCCCUAUCGAGGGUUGCGUUCUGUAGCGAACCUGAUUGGAUUGGUCCUGAGCGAAAACUACUCUCUUGCCUUCUCACUGAUCUACGCCGCAAGACCGACUCAUCCCACAAGCCGGAGGCAGAAAGAUUAGCGGAAGAGCUACAAAACGAAAUCAAAGGAUUGGACAGGGUGUCGAUGCUACUCGAAGCGAUUGCGGACGUAGCAGGUGACUUGGCAGAUAUCGUUCUAAGUCCGGACGAGAUUGACAGCGUUUAUGAUCUUCUUGCGUCAGAGGAAGAUGAGGAGGAAGCAGGGGAGGGAGCAGGGGAGGGAGAGAUGGACGUUGAUUCUGAAGAGCUGCAAAGAGCAACGGUCGCAGGAGGGCAGAUGGAAGAAGACACAAGAAUGGUAGCGCAAGAGGUGGAGGAGGAGGAGGAGAUGGGGAGCGAGACAGAAUCCGAACCUGAACUAGAUACUUCCACUCCACGGAGGAAGAAGGCCGAAGUGAAGAGGAGAGGCGGGAGCAAGUCGGUCAGUCCAACGAAGGGGGACAAGGUUGACGUUAUCGUUGUCGAUGACUCGGAUUGA